GUUGAUCUUACGAUGAUUGUCCUUGGAUCUACCGAAUGUCAACGAUACCAUCUACGGAUUUCGUCUUGUUCGGUUCGGCAACACUGGUAUGUUGACACUUUUGACUUUUGACAGUCGCCAUCUGCCACAAAUUUUCAUGAAAGCAACAAGAAGAUAGACAAGUGAUGAAAAUUUGUCAAAAAAAUAUGUACUUUGACGUUGUUUUUAAGUAAAUCAACAGCAGGAGGGUUGCUUUUACGAAUGGUAUCUAAAUUAUUUGUUUUUAAAUCGCCACGUAAAUCUAACCAGUGCCUUCACGUACAAUAUUUUUUUUGUGACCCUAUUGUUGAAGGUAUGAAUGUUGCGAUGCACCUCUGAUCACUCUCGCAUCCGCUGUCUCGCUAAUAAAUAAAAUCAAGUAUGAAAAUCUCAUGACAAAUAGCGAACAAAUAGGAAAGAUUACCAAAUCUUCUCGUAUACCCGUCAAAUAUCCGAAAUACAAUGAGCGAAAGUGAAAAGAAGUGGGUGUGUGAAUAUUGUACAUAUGAAAACUAUCCCUCAUCUAUAAAAUGUACUAUGUGCCGGGGCCCUAAGCCGUUUGUCAGCGAGGACAUCUACAGUCUCCAUGGUGAUACACAACAUGGAGAUGAGAAGUUCAGUUCAGCUGUGGGGCCCAUAGAGGAGAAUAAAUCAAAAUGUGUAAAGUGCACUUACAACACAUCCAAUGAGUGUAUAAUGUGCGGUUUCCCAAAGACUGUGUCGCCUAACACUCUUCACGAGCACAUUCAGCCCCUGAGAAUCUCCCAACACUCAGAUCUGGCUCAAAGCCUCUCUAGGAAUAAUAGUCCCCCAGCUAGUCUUACUAAUUUGGAAAACACCAGAAGAACCACUCAGUCCAAAUGGAUUUGUCAGAUGUGUACUUAUGAAAAUUGGCCAAGAUCCUCAAAAUGUGCAAUGUGUGGUACCAUCCAUAACAGUCAACGAUCACAAGCUUCUAGUUUGAUAAUGCCUCCUUCCCCAGAAAGAAACAUAGAUCCUGAUGUGAAUCAGGAGGAUAGAUUCAAGGAUUAUAUUUUAGUUUCAUCUACGCCAGAUGCAGAUCAGCCCGGUAACAACCUUGAAGCGGAACGCCGUCUGCGUCAGUUACGUCGCUCCGCAGAUUGGCGAUGGUUGAACGCUUGCGUGGGCAUCAUCGAGGGCGACCCGAACCCCGUCGAGGCGUAUCUGUCAUCAGGCGGAGACCCGGCGAGGACCUUAACCUCUUCCGAGGUCGCCAUAUUGAACAGGAACUCGGCCUUCGAUGUCGGACACACGCUGGUGCAUCUUGCUAUCAGAUUUCAGCGCGAAGACCUGCUAGCCGUGUUGCUGUCCCAGAUCGAAGGCUCGGGCUCGGGCGUGAAGAGAGUGCCUAGUUACGUGGCUCCUGAUAUCGCGGCCGAUAUCAGGAGGCAUUUCGCCUCCACGAUUCGCCUUAGGAAAGGCAACUUUCCCUGCAACUUCGUUACCGAAUUUCCGACGUUCUCUUUGCCUGCGGACGUGGACGAGCUUCCUUCAACGGUGCAAGAUCAGCUAUUUUCCGAGCUGUUAGACAAAGAUGCCCAGGCUGAGUUAGAAAGCGACCCUGCCGUGAUCAACUGGUCAUUGGACGUUACAUUACGCUUGGGUUCUAGGUUGUACGCGUUGUGGAACAGGUCUGCAGGAGAUUGCCUGUUGGAUUCCGUGAUGCAGGCUACGUGGGGCGUUUUCGAUAGGGACAAUACGCUUAGAAGGGCUUUGGCUGAAAGUCUCGCUGAAGGGGGGCAUGUAUUCUACCCCCGUUGGAAGGAGUACGAGCAAUGCCACGCGUCCUUCCUUCAAUACUCCUUGGACGAAACGCAAUGGGAGGACGACUGGAACGGCCUGAUUUCGUUGGCUGGUCAGCCGGGAACCAGUUUGGAGCAGUUGCACGUGUUCGCUUUGGCGCAUAUCCUCAGAAGGCCCAUCAUAGUGUAUGGCGUCAAAUACGUCAAGAGUUUCAGGGGGGAGGCGAUAGGGUAUGCGAGAUACGAAGGUGUGUAUUUGCCGUUGUUAUGGGAACAGAGCUUUUGCGUGCGGACCCCCAUUGCACUAGGCUACACCAGAGGGCACUUUUCAGCGUUGGUGCCCAUAGAACCUUAUCGUCCUGUAGAUGGUAGAUCACCGCCAGGACCGGAUCAUGCUCGUACCACGUUUCUACCUUUGGUAGAUAGGGACAGGAAAAUGCUGCCGAUACAUUUCCUCACUCAAUCGGAGUUGGGAAGAGAAGAGAGCAUCCUAAGGCAGUGGCUGGACGUGUGCGAGACUGAAGGAGGAAUUCUGGUCGCUCAGCAGCUCCUAAACAAAAGACCGUUGAUUGUAGCUCAAAUGGUAGAAGAAUGGCUGAACCACUACAGAAGAUUAGCUCAAAUGACAGCUCCAUUCCGGCCAAUCCCCAUCCAGGAUUAUUCCAGCGAAGGGGACACAGACGACGAAUAGCACAGGCCGAAAAUCAUAACGUGAAACAAGUAGUGAUUGCUUUAGUACCUAAAUGUAACGAUGAUUUUUCUUUAUUUCCUUAAAACAAAUAGAUUCGUUUUGAAAACACUUUAUAUAUUGUGAGGGCUGGUAGCAGACGGGACAAACAGCAUUUUCGGCGUCCGUAGAAAAGGUUCAGGGGAUCGAAACUAGAAGAAAGUUUGCAAUCUCAAGCUUCGAGUAAUCUUAGAGAAAUAAAUUCUAAUUCAGUAUAAAUUAAUGUCAAUUAUAUUUUUUCAGCGAAGUAUUUGGAGCAAGUUUUACUGCUUGUGCACGUUAGAAAUUAGUAAAAAUCGCAGUGUAUGUUUUUUUGAAAGGUUUUUUUUGCUUAAUAUUUUUCUCUGUCCCUUGUCUUUGGAUGUCAGCAGAGAUACACACAUUAUUCAUAGGGAGGCCCUGUUUCUAAACUGUAUAUAAAUAUGAUAAUAUAUUGAUAGCAGCUUAUACAAUUUUGCAAAUACGCGUAGGGAUUGAAUUUGUUCCCUAUUUCCAAUAUUCCUUCACAGGAAGAAGCAUAUUAUAUAUUAGUCCAAUGCUUUCAAGGUGUUUUGUAUAUGUAAUCGCAAUUUUAUUCCCUGUAAUUUUUCUCUAAAUGUGCCAGGAGGGAACACAUCUUGAUUGAAUUUGGUUUACGCUUGUAAUUUUUUCAAUAUACUACUAGCAAUUUCUCGAAAAAAAAUAAACAUUGGACUAAUGAUUUGCGGAGAGAUGUAUAGAUUUUCUUGUUUAUUUUUGGGUAGGUAUGUAUUUAUUUCUUCUAGAUAGUCGAAGUACAAACUGAAUGUAGUUUUUCGCUUGCAAUCAAAAGGCACGCGCAUCUUGAUGCGUCAAAUCGGGGUCACUUGUAGUCCAGAAAAUUUCAAUUUCAGGUGUUCAAAAAUUUGUUGAUAACUGAGGUUUUUCAAUGAAACAUAUGUAACAGUUUAUUUUGCUAAGGAGACUCAAUAUACAGGGUGAGUUCUUAGUGCCAAUAUGUCUGUUUUUCUAAAUGUAUGGGGUUGUCCAAAACGGAGGAAAGUAAACGCAUAUUAAAACAAGAAAGAUUGCUAUUCAAAUCAAGUUGGUACUUUAUUUUGAAGGUUCAUUUAUACCAUUUAUGUAUGAAAAAUAAUAUCGCUCAAAUGUUCACCACGACUGGAUUUACAGACGUCCACGCGAUGGUCGAAAUUUUCAAUGACAUUUUGCAACAUGGUCGGUUCUAUGGCAUUUAUCUCGGCAAUGAUGUUGUUUUUGAGUUCUUGGAGGGUGGCUGGUUUGUUGACGUAGACUUUGCUUUUCAAAUAUCCCCAUAAAAAGAAGUCCAAGGGAGUCAAAUGGCACGAUCUUGGUGGCCAUGGCACAUUUCCUCUGCGCGAAAUCACGCGAUCACCGAAGAAGGACUGCAAUCAAUGGAUAUUGACGUUGGUUGUGUGGCAUGUUGCACCGUCUUGUUGGAAAUAAACAUCGUCCAUAUCCAUUCCUUCAAGUUGCGGCAAAAAAUAGUCCUCUAUCAUCACGUGAUAUCGCUCAGAAUUGACGGUAACGGCGUCCCCGGCCGCAUUUUCGAAAAAGUAAGGUCCGAUAAUUCCUUUUGACCACAAUGCACACCACACAGUCACUUUUUGAGGAUGCAUGGGCUGCUCUUGAUACUCACGGGGAUUUUCGUUCGCCCAGAUGCGGCAGUUUUGCUUGUUUACCGUCCCAUUCAAAGUGAAAUGCGCUUCGUCGCUGAACAUGAUUUUUGAUGAAAAAUUGGCAUCAAUUUGGCGGUGUUCAAGGAGCCAAUCUGAGAACGUUCGGCGCGAAAAAUGCUGGCCCGACGCAGCUCUUGCGUCAAUUGGAUCUUGUAGGCGUGUACAUUCAAAUCCUUGUGGAGAAUGCGGAGCAAACUGGUUCUCGAAAUGCCCAAUUCUUGGGAUCGACGCGUUGUUGAUCGUUUCGGAUCGUCUCUCACACUCUCCUUCACAACAGCAAUAUUUUCCGGUGUGCAUACGCUCCUCGGCCGGCCAGAGCCUGGCAGAUUUGCCACAGAACCUGUUGCCUCGAAUUUACGCACCAGACGACCGAUGGUUGUUUCGUUUGGGCGGUUGUUGCGACCGAAAUGUUCACGAAGCGCGCGAAACGUGUUUUUUAUUUUUGCACCAUUUUUGUAGUGCUCUUGAAUAACUUUAAUGCGGUCUUCAAUCGAAUACGACUCCAUAGCGAUCAAUGGUAAACAUUCAACUAACAAAAUGACAUGUCGGUGACAGAAAACAAAGAUGGCGUCUAUGUCAAAUUGACGUUUACUUUCCUGCGUCCCUAUUGGACAACCCUUUAUCUAAAAAAAGGUAAGUUAAAAAAAGUGUGUAUACGCUCCUUACUCGCGAAAUAUGCUGCUUUCUACAGGAUUAUUUCGCGAUAUGUUUUGAAAACGGAAUACUAGGUAUAUUUUGGAAUAUUCUAUAAGACCUCUUCAAAGGAACAAGGUUGUUAUAGCACAGACAGAUAGCUACGUUGUAACUAAUAGUUCUUAUAAUAAAGUAAAUCAUUGCUAAAUUUAUGACCAUUGGUUAGUCCAUAUUUCCUUAAGUAAAGUCCUUAAUAAUAACGGAGCCAUUGACGGAUUAUACACUAAAAACGCACCCUGUGAUUGAAAAAUUUUAGUAAUCAACAAAUUUUAGUUUUUCUAAAGGAUUUUUUUCACUUUCUGGAUUAUCUGUCUUCAUUGGUUUUGUUGGGUUGUUGAUACAUUGAUUGUUGAUUAUUUUGUGUGAGAUUUGAGGAAAGAAUGUAGCUAAGAUUCCGUAAUUUGUAUUUUAAAUAUUGAAGUCAAAUUAUGUAUGUAUAAAUUGUUUUUACACAGAAUAUUAUGAGAAAAAGAUUAGUGGUUUCAAAAACAGAAUUUAAAUAUAAUUAAAGAAUAUUGAAAAUACUAUAUUACAUUGUUAACACUGUUAUCUAAAAUAAUAGAAAAUAAAAUAAUUUCAAAUUUA